UUAAAGGUUAGAAAAUGUAAAAAAAAUUGUCACUCCUUUUCCGUCAUUCAAAGAGAGUUCAUUUUAUAUUAUUUUCACCAAUUUUAAUAAAUUAUUUUUUUAAUAUUUAUUUAAUAUACUUUUAAGUUUUACAAAUACAUAAUUGCAAUAAUGGAACUCAUCGAAAAAGCUGCAGGACUUAUUUUUACAAAAGAAUGCCAAAAACAAUUCUUUACUCAUUUUAAUUUCUUUCAUGUGGAAUGUUUGAAAUCUAGUUUGAGCAAAGUACUUGGUCUUGGAAUUGUAGGAGGAUCAAUGAUGGUUAAAAUUCCACAAGUUAUUAAGAUAUACCAAAGCAAAAGUAGUGAAGGAAUUAAUUUAUUAAGUGUUUUAUUAGACUUGUUCGUUAUCACAGCCAUGGCAUCAUACAGUUUUGUGAAUGGGUUCCCAUUUAGUGCGUGGGGUGAUUCUGUUUUCUUAGGCAUACAGACACUGGCAAUUGCAUUGCUAUGUUUACAUUACACAGGCCAAACAGGUAAAGCUACAGCAUUUCUCUCUGGAUAUUUGGCAGUUAUUUUUGCUGUGGUUAUCGGUAUGGCUCCAACGAAUUUUCUAUGGUUGUGUCAAACUGUCAAUAUUCCAAUAAUUUUACUAAGCAAGUUUGCUCAAGCUUACACCAAUUAUCAAAAUUCCAGUACUGGACAGUUGUCAGCUAUAACAUGUCUAAUGCUCUUAUUUGGAUCAUUAGCACGAAUAUUCACAUCUAUUCAAGAAACUGGAGAUUUGAGUAUGAUUGUAACAUAUUUAUGUUCAUCGUCUGCUAAUGCACUUAUUGCAGGCCAAUUGAUAUAUUAUUGGAAUGGAGAUAAGAAAUUAAAACGAGAAAAAGAAAAUUAAUAACUGUGCAAUAAUAAAUUUGUUACGAAUCUAAGCAUUUAAUUAAAUUGACACAUCUUCUAAAAUGUCUUGAAGAAUUUAGGAAUAGACUAAUUUACUACUGAGGUGUAUGCAUUUGUUAAAUAAACUAUUAAAUUUGUUAAUCUAUGUACAUAAAUAA